AUAUACGCAUGAGGGCUUCUUCAUCCCUUUUUGAAUAUCUCCUCCCCAUACCUCUCCGUCAAUCUGUUGCUAUUGUCUUUAUCCUUUUAUAAUAGAGCAAAAUGGAGAAGAACAGUUUGAGCAAGAGUCUCAAAGACCAUUGUAUAGGGAACAAUGGAACCACAAUAAACUCCGACAACAUCACCAAUAGACACUCCCACUACCAAAACAUCCUCAAAUCUGAUCCUCGGAGCCACAACACCCAAAAAGGUGUUGGAACAGACCAUCUGGACUCAUCUGUCGGGGCAGGUCUCGCCUCUUGGCCGCCGAGAUCUUACUCUUGCGGUUUCUGCAAGAGGGAGUUUCGGUCCGCCCAAGCCCUCGGAGGCCACAUGAACGUCCACCGGAGAGAUCGGGCAAGGUUGAGGCAGCGUUCCCCGCCACCCUCUAUGGAUGAUUACCCCAUUCUCAGCCUUAACCCUAACGCUAGUCACAGCCCUAGCCCUAAUUUCGGUCCUCCGAGAUUUCCAUCCUCUCUUCUCUCCCCAUCAUCUCCCUUUGUUCCCCAUCAUUCACAUUCUUCAUCCAGCUCACCUUCUUCCAUUGUCAAUGUGAAGCUAGCGGGAUUUAAGUGGUCCCAUAGUUCGAGCCUCAGAGAUGGGCUGAGUUCAAAAGAGGCAUUUCGUACGCAAUCAGCUACUAGUCAUUGUGCUCGAGGUGAAGGUUCCAGGCAUGAUCCUUUGAGUUUGGAAAUAAGUAACUUGUUUGGCGAGACGCUAAAGGCGGUGGAUGUUGACUUGGAACUUCGCCUAGGGUAUUCUUAGAAGAACUCAUGUAUGAUUCAAUGUCAGAAUUUAAUUAUUAUGGUUGCAUGUCAAUUAAAGUUCCCAGAACUCCCGGUUCAAAGUUAAAUUAGUUGGAGCUAAUAUGUAUUUUUUUUUUGGUAAGAGAAGCUAUAUUUAUUUAGAUAAUCAAAUUAGUUGGCGCAUAGGAUCUUGCAAUUCUGCCCAGUCGAAAUAGGGCAUUGUGUGCCUGAGGAUAUAUACCCGAUUGAUGGUCCUAAUUCUCAUAUGAGAGAUGCAGACAAUAAGGGAGAAACUGACUUAUAACUAAUGUUUCUCAGUAAGAUCUAGAAAUCUAGUAUUUAUGGAAUGUAAUUUUGCUUUUCUGGUAAGAAUAGGAAUGCUCGACUAGUGUCGAUAAUUUGCUUCAAUUAAUGUUGAUUGUUUACUAUAUAAUGAAGGGUUCAUUGUUGUUUCGCCCAAAAAAAA